AGCCGGCUGACAAGAAGGAAGCAGCGGUGACAGACGGACAAAGAAAAAUGUUGAAAGUCUUCUUUGUGAGAGUUGCUGCAUGUGUUUUUUUGGUCCAUCACAUGUGAGUGAGAGAGAUAAGAGGCAAGCAGACUCCCAAAGCAGAAACUUCUAGACGAUGUGAAUACACACAGGAACGAUUCCAGGGACCCAGUCAGAAAAACAAAGGGCUCCUGUCAGUCCCCAGGGAUGAUGGCUCUUUUCUGGGUUGUGCUCUGGUCAAUGCUCCCUCCUCUGGCUCUCUCCUGUAGUCCAGACAGUUGCAUCGUCCACGAGAGCAGCGACUUACAGAAAAUGUCUCCAUUGCUGAAAUCCUUACAGUGUCACAAUGACUACGAGUCUUAUGUCCACUGCAAGUGGAGGGAACAAGGAAACACAACACUGCAGCUCUGGUUCAAGAAAGAAAAAAGCAGGAAGCAGUGUGUUCCUUACGGUGCUGAAGUACAGAAUGCAAGUGAGCACAGGACUGUCCAGUGUAGAUAUGAAACCCCUGUAUUUUCCAUUGGCAUCAAACACACAGUCUUCUUCCUCAAGAACAAAACGUUGCCCCUCUGCUCGUCUGUCCAACACAAGCCUCUGGAUCUUUCUCAGCACUUGAGAGCCCGCCCACCGGGGAAUCUGUCCACACAUGGUGCAGGUGUAGGAGGCAGACUGCUCAGUUGGUCCAGCCCCUACCCCUCCUCCUCCACCCUGAACAAAAACAUCACCUAUCAGCUCAGCUACAGGACAGACAGACAGGACAACUGGACGACUGAGGACAUCACAAACACCAGUCUGAAACUAGAGAAGGGAAUGUUGCUCCCGGGUCGCAGGUAUGAGGCCAGGGUGAGGGCCCGGGCCAGCAUGGGUCAGUGGAGCGACUGGAGUCCUGUGGUCACCUGGCGCACUGAAGAGGACUCUGGGCAGAUUCCCAGUGUGCAUUGUGUGCUGGAUGGAGAGAAGGAGGUGAUGUGUAGCUGGGAGGUGAGCAGAGAGGUGGAUAAUUUCAUUACCUACAAGCUGAAAUGUCGACACAACCAGACCGCGUCGUCUGAGAGAUGCUGUGUGAACCCAACAGUCAGCUAUGACCUCGGCAGGGCUGUGCUGAGGUACAGCUGUUCACUGACUGUCGCAGACCCUGCACAUAUGCUCCUGGAGCUCCUUCCAGCACACACAGCAAAGAGCUUUAAGGUCGACAAACACAUUCGUCCCAGCCCACCAGAGCAGGUGAAGGUGAGGCAGAAAAACGCCAACUGGAUUGUGGAAUGGACUGAUCCAAGCACAGCCUCAAAACUCAGCCUGUAUUAUCAAGUGUGCUAUUACAGGACACAGGAUCAAGGAUCUUCUGUCCAGCUAAACAUUGCAGAGGGGUCCACAUCCCUGAGCAUCCUGGGAGCCUCUCUAGCCCCGUCCCAGCGCUACCAGGUCAAGGUCAGGUCGCUAGUCGUCCCCACAAACUAUGAAGGAAUCCCCUCUGAGUGGACCGAUCCUGUGGACUGGACUUCGCAAGAGGCCAUCUGGUCCCCAACAAUGCUGAUCUAUUUCACCAUCGGUGUGUUUGUGGCCGCUGUCUUCCUCACACUCUACUUCACAAUUCCAGCUUGUCAAAGAAGGGCAAUACUGUGGGUGGACUCAGUCCCUUCUCCAGGCAAAAGCAAAAUCCUGUCCGAGAUCAAGUCUGCCACCAGCCGAACCCUCAUGCAGAGUGAGAGCAUGACCAUCUGCAAAGUGCUGCGUUUGGACAGCGCGUCGACAUGCUCCUCAGACGCUUUGCUGUGGCCAACCAAGGACACUGAACAAAAGCACCUGGAGCAUCUGGAGCAGGACGAGGGCUGCUGGAAGUUUGAUAAGAUGCCCCCCCCUGCUGAGAAGGUUAACUGCUCUGACAAGUCCUCCAUGAGCUUCAGCGGUCCGUACAUCUUUUGUCAGUCUUCGGAGGCGAGCCGCAAGUCAGCGGAUGUCAAGUGCGAAGAGAAAGAGAGGGAACAAGAAACCCCAUCAGACAACUUUGCAUCUCCUUCCCCGGUGAAUUUCACCCUUUUCGGGGAAGGUUAUGUGUGUCUGCCCGGCCGCAGUGUCUCCAGGUCCACACAGGAUCUCGUGUCUCACAGCGGCGCCGACACAAACACACACAGGCCCGACAACGGCGAGCUGGACCAACAGUGUCCAGACGAAAUGGACGUGCAGCCGGGUCUUAGCGAGGCCGCCAGCACCAACCAACCGCCACCCUACACCUCAGGACCUUUCACCACGUGGCCUCAGGGGGGUGCCGUACAGACCACAGGGUACUGCCACCUCCCCGCAGCUUUCAUAAGAGCAGCAAAGUGAACUGAAUGAGGACCUAUAAGGCUUUCUCAGCAGAUUUAACCAUUAAUCAAUCAGGGAUUUCUUGUUUUUUUUUACAUGCUUUCUACUUUAUUUUAAGCUACAUUUGCUUCCAUGUGAAAAAAUGCAUUCACUUUAAUUUAAUUUUAUACAUUAGAAAGUAACCAUUUUGAUGGUCUUAUCUGACCUAACAUCAGGCUGGAUGUCCAAACAAUGGAGGGCAGUAGUGAGCUGAGUUUUUGAGUAAAAUGCAAGCAAAUCUGAGUGAUGGACUUCAGUAUGUUGUUUUUUUGGAAACUUCCUCACACAUUCCAGGUCAGAAUUAAAUAACAAAAGCACAUUGCACUCUGAUAUAAUACAAUACGACUUUUCGUUUUGAGGUCAGAGAGAUUAUUCUUCUUCAUCAUCAUCAUCAUCAUCAUCAUCAUCAUCAUCAUCAUCAUCAUCAUCAUCAUUGUGGCUGUGGCGUAGUGGAGAGCAAGUUGUUCUCCAUUAAGAGGAUCGGUGGUUCAAUACCCGACUUCGGCAGUCGAUGUGUCCUUGGGCCCCCAAGUUGCUCCCGAAGGCUUGCCAUCGGUGUGGACUGGAUGUUGCAUGAAUGUUAGUUAGAGUCUGAUAGUGGCAUGGUCAUCAGUGUGUGAAUGGGUGAAUGAUGUGUAAUAUACUACUGAUUGUAAGUCGCUUUGGAUAAAAGCGUCUGCUAAAUGACUGUAAUGUAAUGUAAUAUCAUCAUCAUCAUUAUCACCUAUUUCACUUCCUUCCUUGUAUAUGUUCCCAGACAUGUAAAUAUUACUCACAGAAUAUAUAGACUUGUCAAACCACAGAUUCUUAAGAGCUGUGUUGAAAUGUAACCCUUUUUUUUUUUUUUUUUACCUUCCUUGAAUCCCCCGUCUCUCUCACAGCUGUGAUGGAAGAUGCAGAAUUAUGUCAACUGCAUUUCAUGGGAAAAGUGUGAAAGUUUGCUGACAGCCAUGUUCGCUGCGGUCAUGUAUGCACGUUUGCACAAAGGUGUGCGAGUUAGGACCUUGUUGUCAAUGUUGUAGCAUAUGUGUUGCUGAAUGUAUAUAAAUAUAUAUACAGUAUGUUAACUACACGCUGACGUGCUGCUAUGUUGUGUGGAACUAGAUAUCUCACUGUGAUAAAGUAUUUAGCUAUGGACUGAGGCCUACAGAGACAUUAAAUUAAAUCACAAUGUACGUAGAAUAUGUUAAGUGACAAUACAUAAGACUUGCAAUCUUCAGUAAUGCUACUUACAGUAAAGGUUUUGUAAUGGCUGAUAAAAGAAUAAUCAGAGAGGAAUAAUGUAAGUUAGCAAUGUUUGCUGCAUUUUUGUAUUUAAUAACUUAAACUUUAUGUUUUAAGAAUGGCUUGCACACGCCUUCUCGCCACCAACACCCAAAUAUAAACAAGGGUUUAAAGUUUCAGGCUGGCUGGCAAACUGUGUUAGACUCUUAGAUGCCAGUUUAAAAGGUAAAACUCAUGCAGUCUGAUGGAACUGUCCUGCAAUAAAUAAGUCCU